AGGUGCGCCUUCCCAGAACCUUUGAGGAGGCAAGGGAGGGGUAGGAAGUAGUCACCCGCAAGCCUCCCCCUCCGAUCACUGGUUUAGAGUAUUCACCUCGGUUAGCCUGCCCCCAAGAGCGUCUCUCCACCAGUCACGCGCCCACUCCAAGGCUUGAGAAGCACUAAGAAGCCCCGCCCCUCAUGGUGACGUCACUAAGCGGGAGCUGGGACUCGUUGGCUGUAGGGGAUUCUCUAGGAGCCACCGGGCCUGAACAGACCGAGAGCCGCCGGACAUACCCGAACAUUCCGGAACUCACCCGAGUGAGGCCGGACUAAGUCGAAUGUGCCCGAUCCAGCCCGAGGACCAUCCCCCCACCUCCGCGACUUGCUCGGAAACCUAGAGCGGCCAGACAUAGCCGAACACACCCGAACGUAUCCGAACCUACCCGAGCGCGGUUGGAUGUAGCCGAAUCUUGCUGAACUCACCGAUCGAACUCAGCCGGACGAGGCCCAACCCUGUGUGAUCAGACCCAACUUAGUCAAACCCAGGCGUACUUGAUCGAGCAGGGCAGAAUCCUGCCGAAUUCCCCAACUCCACCCCGGGUCUGAGCCGAAUCCCUUGUUCGGAGUCUUCCGGCAGGCGCCGAUCCCCGCCAGUGGACCCGGUUUUGACCUGGAAAAUGGACUCUCGUGUGGGAGAAGCGCCCUGGACCCUCAGGCGGGGUCUGGCCUUGGCCGAGUCAUCCAAGCCCCUGCCCAGCACAGCCAGAGGAGGGAGUCCUUUCUCUACCGUUCAGACAGUGACUACGAACUCUCAUCCAAGACCAUGUCCCGGAACUCCUCCGUGGCUAGCGACCUACACGGAGAAGACAUGAUUGUGACACCCUUUGCCCAGGUCCUGGCCAGUCUGCGGACGGUUCGGAGCAACGUUGCGGUCCUUGCGCACCUGCAAGGCCGCGGGGCAGCCAAGCAGGGAUGCGUCGGGAAUACUCCAUCUGGCAGUCAGCCCCCUCCACCAACAGAGGACACUGGGCAGAAGCUGGCUUUGGAGACAUUGGAUGAGCUGGAUUGGUGUCUGGAUCAGCUGGAGACACUGCAGACACGGCACUCCGUGGGGGAGAUGGCCUCCAACAAGUUCAAGCGGAUGCUGAACCGGGAGUUGACUCACCUGUCUGAAACCAGCCGCUCCGGGAACCAGGUGUCCGAGUACAUAUCCCGAACCUUCCUGGACCAGGAGACUGAGGUGGAGUUGUCCAGGGCGACCUCCACGGAGCCCCGGAGACCUAUGUCCCAGAUCAGUGGACUGCGUGGGCUCCCGCACAGUACCAGCCUUCCUGCAGCCACAGUCCCACGCUUUGGGGUCCAGACUGACCGGGAGGGGCAACUGGCCAAGGAGCUGGAAGACACCAACAAGUGGGGCCUUGAUGUGUUCAAGGUGGCAGAGCUAAGUGGGAACCGACCUCUCACAGCCAUCAUCUUCAGCAUCUUUCAGGAACGGGACCUGCUCAAGACAUUUCAGAUCCCAGCAGACACGCUUGUCACCUACCUACUGAUGCUGGAAGGUCACUACCACAGCGAUGUGGCCUACCACAACAGCCUACAUGCUGCUGAUGUGGCGCAGUCCACACAUGUGCUGCUGGCCACACCUGCACUUGAGGCCGUGUUCACAGAUCUGGAAGUCUUGGCUGCCAUCUUCGCCAGCGCCAUCCAUGAUGUGGACCAUCCUGGUGUCUCCAAUCAGUUUCUCAUUAACACCAACUCAGAGCUUGCACUUAUGUACAAUGAUGCCUCUGUGCUGGAGAACCACCACCUGGCUGUGGGCUUCAAGCUGCUACAGGCAGAGAACUGUGACAUCUUCCAGAACCUCAGCAUCAAGCAGCGGCUGAGUCUGCGCAGGAUUGUCAUUGACAUUGUGCUGGCCACGGACAUGUCCAAACACAUGAAUCUUCUGGCCGACCUCAAGACCAUGGUGGAGACCAAGAAGGUGACGAGCCUUGGAGUCCUGCUGCUAGACAACUACUCUGACCGCAUUCAGGUCUUGCAGAGCCUGGUGCACUGUGCCGACCUCAGUAACCCCACCAAGCCGCUACCGCUGUACCGCCAGUGGACAGAUCGCAUCAUGGCCGAGUUCUUCCAGCAGGGUGACCGUGAGCGCGAAUCAGGCCUGGACAUCAGCCCCAUGUGUGAUAAGCACACAGCCUCGGUGGAGAAGUCCCAGGUGGGUUUCAUUGACUACAUCGCCCACCCAUUGUGGGAGACAUGGGCUGACUUGGUACACCCAGAUGCACAGGACCUGCUGGACACUCUGGAAGACAACCGUGAGUGGUACCAGAGCAAGAUCCACUGCAGUCCUGUGGACCCCACCAGCCCCAAGCAGAGUGGCCCUGACAGAUUCCAGUUUCAGCUGACUCUGGAGGAGGCAGAAGAAGAGGAGGAAGAGGAAGAGGGAGCAUUGAUUGAGGAGGCCUCGGAGACACCUGACAUUGAGCUCCUGUCCUCUGAGGCCAGCCCAGACCCUGGGGCCCUACAUCUGGACAACCAGAGGACCAUGGGCAAGCCCUGCAUGGACCAUGAGGGCAAUAUGAUGGCUGAGCCUUUGGGCACCUAAUGGCUCCUGGUGGGUGGGUGGACUUUCCCAGGAAUAAGUCCCAGGUGGCCCCCGCUUUGCCUUUCCCACCCAUUGAGGGAGACAACCAAGCUUUCAGUAAUAGGCAGUUCUUAGGGCUGAAUUGGAGGCACCUAGUGGGGUCCACUCUGACCCUGGGCUUGGCUGAGAGAGCUCUCCAAGGAGCUGGACUGGAGGCAGCCUCUUCCAGGGCCCUUGAGUUCUCCCACCUGGAUUUCCACCACUGGUAUAGAAAAGGGUUGUCUGCCAGGCCCCUUGUCCAUCUUCUCCAGUGGUCACUAGAGCCACUUCCAUCACUUUAUUGUUUCAUUCUUUACAGAUAUUUUCUGGAUACCCAUUGUGUGCCUGUUAUGUGCCUGCAAAAGAGGGUGGGGAAUCAGCCCCAAGGAGAUGCCCCCUCCCCGAGACGCCUCCCCUUCAUCUGCCAGGCAGCUCAUUGCAAGAGAACAAGAACUUGAAUGGGGGAAUUUCCACCACCAAAUCUUUGUCCAGACCCAAUUUGGGCUCUGGAACUCUGGUGGAGGGCGGUAGGGGGCCAAGAAAGAGAGGGCUCUGUGUCAGGGAUUGUCUCUGAAGACUGACUCAGCUUGUCACUGCUUGUGCACUGACUGACUGUUGCUUUAAGUCGCCAUAGUUUCUGUCUUCAGGUCUAAGGAUCCUGGUUCUCCCUGGCCCCAGGACCCCCUGCUGAUUCCUUCACACGUUCUUCCUCUUCUAGAACAGCAACAGAAGCACAGAAUUCUCCCCCAUGGAAGUUCUCUCCAUCUCCUGAUUGAGGCUGUCCCAAUCUCCCCAUAGGGAAAAGGAAGCCCCUUCUUUCCCCUCUACGGCCAGAUCCUAAUACUUGGGUAAACUUUGAUUGGAGGGUGGUGUCUGUGACCUCCCUGAAAUAUCUUAGAAAUGUGGGGGAUUCUCUGAGGUUAAAUAAACUAUUACCCCAAAUUAGUACUAUGCCAUUUCACGGAUGGGGAAACAGGAGCAGAGAGGUCCGGUUGCCUGAGGUCUCAAGGCCAUGCAGCUGGGCCCCAGACAUUAGCCAGUGGCGCCCCCUUGCGGCGGGAGGCGCAGAGGGGACGUGGGACGAAUUCGGACGUCCUCCUUGCCUUGCUGGAAGUCCCUCUCCGGCCGGCUUGGCCCAGCUCAUCCCAAGAAAAUGAGGCGGCUCUGUGCUCAAGUCUCAGGUUCAAUUCCCACUUCCGGAGGACUCAGGAUCCCCCACCCCCAGCCUCCCUCCCCGCGCCCCCAGCCUCCCUCUCUGCAUGUCUGAGGAUUUAUACACGACACAAGUCAUCACAACCCCUGGCUUCAAGAACAGCAGGCUUCAUUCCUAAAUAAUUCCAUUAAUAAUUCCAUUCCAUUGAUCAUUCAUCAUCAUUACAAUUAAUGAUCAGAUUCCACAGAGGGAGAAUUAAAGGUCAUCUGGAUUAUAACUUGGUGCAUUUCCUUCCAGUCUUUCACAAGGCAGAGAUUUAUGGAAUUUUUAUUUAUAAUUUUUUAUCCUUCCCCCUUUACUUGCAGGUACUACAUGUUUCCCACAGAGAAUUUGGAAAUAAUGGAAACAUAAUAAUGGAACCAGAAGAAAACAAAAUUCUGCUGUACUUCAACCAUUGAUCAUCUUUCAGCUUUUCACCAUUUUUUCUCCACCCAUUCAUAAAAACGUUCUUCUGUUCUCCUUCGAUUUGGGCCACAGGCAUUCUUGCCUCUCUCCUUUACUGACUGCACUCUACCCUAUGCUGGCUUUUAACACUCCAAGCACAGUCCCACCUCAGGCCCUUUGCACAUGCUGUACCCACCACCUGGAAUACAUAUCCUUUCACUCAUCCUCACCCUUUGGGUCUCACCUCAGCAUCCCCUCCUCCAGGAAGUCCUUCCUGACCCUCCACCUUCCAACCCAGGCUGGCACUUGUGGAAGUUCUUUGGGAUUCUUUGUUUCAUGUCUACCAUCCUCUCCAGGCUGUGAUCUUCAGAGGUAGACUUAACCUCCCUGAGCUUUUGUCAUUUCAUGGAUAAAAUGUAAAAUGGGCUCUUUGUGAGGAUCACAGAAUUGUAACAAUGGGUCACAUUUGAGGAAACUGUGUCCUGAGCUGGGCACUGAGCUCUGAGGUAUCAACUCUUUCUUCUUUCCAUUUCACAGAUGUAGAAACUGAGGCCCACAGAAGGGGUGAGUAAGAAGAAAUCACUCACAUUCUCCAAGUGCCCCAUUUUCUUGUUUAGGGUCCUUCCUGAGGGACAUAGUCCUUACCUUUGUGGCCCAUCCUUGACCCAAAGAGGAAGGUAGGAGAGGGUCUUCAGGGUCCCUGGAAACUUUCAGCCCUUGUGACCUAGGGUGACUCCUAGGGCCUCAGUUUGCCUUCUGUUGAGGGAGAAACUGUUGCCUGGCCCCCUUCCUUACAGAGUUGGAGAGGGGCUGUCCCUAGAGCUUGUUUAGUGAGUUCCAGCCUCAGGGCCUUUGCACUUGCUGUUCCCUCUGUCUGGAGCUCUGUUUCCCCGCUUCUCCUGGUGGUCAGCUCCUUCUCCUCCUUCCGGUUCCUGCUCAAAUGUCAGUUCCUCAGAGAGGUCUUCCCUAAUCUCUUUGGCGAAAGUCACCCUCCCUCCAAUCACUUAUUCAUUCACUCAUGUCAUACCAUCACAGGGCACUUACUGUGUCCACAGAUGCAGGUGCUGGGGAUGCUGAUCCCUGCCCCUCAGAGCCCACAGCUGGCUAUUGGAUAAGUAAGUCAGCAUGAUCAUUUCUGAUGGGGGGAUGUGUUAGGAAGGAGAAAUAUGGUGACACGAUAGGAGGUGACAGGGUGAAAUCAGAACUUCUGGAGGGAGGUGGUGUUGAUUGGAGACCUGAAGGGGAUGAAAGAGCCAGGCACAGGGAGAGCUGGGGAACAGCUCAGGCAGAGGAAACAGCAGGUGCAAAGGCCCUGAGGCAAGAUUGUAUCUGGAAUCUUGGAAGAGAAAGAUGGGGAGGUAGUGGGGUGGGAUCUGGGAGUGUUUGGUUUUAUUUCCCUUGCCACACAGGAGACCUCCCCCCAAGUCAACCACCCCUAAUUCCAGAGCCUUAUGCUGAUUCUUAACAAUAAAG